UAUCUUUAUUUGCACAUAGACUAGCUUCAGAGCUCGGUAGUGUAUACAUUUUCAGUUCAAAACAUGAGUAAAGCUAGACAUCUGGAAGAAGGUGAAAUAAUAGAGGAGAAAAAUGAGAAGAAUAAAGGAGAACCUCCAGAGAAGAAGAGCAAAAUUGACAAAGAAUCCAUGAUUUCUACAAAAACUGGAGGAGCAUAUAUUCCUCCGGCUCGUUUACGAAUGAUGCAACAGCAGAUUACUGAUAAGAGCAGUGAGCAAUAUCAGAGAAUAAGUUGGGAAGCUCUGAAGAAGAGUAUCAACGGUUUGAUCAAUAAAGUGAACACGUCAAAUAUAUCAAGCAUUGUCAGAGAGUUAUUUCAAGAAAAUAUAGUUCGUGGAAGGGGAGUGUUGGCCCAAUCUAUAUUGCAAGCUCAAAAUGCUUCACCAACCUUUACAAAAGUAUAUGCUGCUCUCGUUGCAAUCAUCAACACUCGUUUUCCACAAAAUGGAGAGUUAAUAUUAAGAAGACUUGCCUUGCAAUUCCGUCGGUCUUAUAAAAGAAAUAGAAAGGAAGUAUGCCUCCACUCUGCACAAUUCAUUGCCCAUUUGAUGAACCAGCAAGUUGCACAUGAGAUUAUUGGACUUCAAAUUUUAACUCUAUUGCUUGAAAACCCAACAGAUGAUUCUGUGGAGGUUGCAAUUGGAUUCCUAAAAGAGUGUGGCCAAAAAUUAUUAGAGGUAUCACCCCGUGGUCUUGCAGCAGUCAUGGAACGUUUACGUACAAUAUUACAUGAACAAGAGCUUGACAAGAGAGUGCAAUACAUGAUUGAAGUGAUGUUUGCUAUUCGAAAAGAUGGAUUCAAGGAACAUAUUUCUGUUGAAGAAGAUCUUGAUUUAGUAGAAGAAACUGAUCAAUUCACACACAUGUUACAACUCGAUGAUGAUGGUGGAGGGAAAGGAACGGAAAAUGAACUGAAUGUGUUUCAUAUGGAUCCUGAUUUUAUACAAAAUGAAGAAAAUUAUAAGCAGAUUAAAAAAGAUAUUCUUGACGAAAGCAGUGAAGGAAGUUCAAGUGGUUCUGGAUCUUCUUCUGAUGAAUCAUCUGACGAAGAGCCAGAGGAAGAAAAAAAACAAGAGAUUGAAGAUCGAACUGAAACCAAUCUUGUUGCAUUGAGAAGGACAAUAUAUCUUGCCAUACAAUCAAGUCUGGAUUUUGAAGAAUGCGCUCACAAAUUGUUAAAGAUGGAAUUUGAUGUCAAGGAUUAUAAAGAGAUAUGUGCUAUGAUUAUUGACUGCUGCUCUCAACUAAGAACAUAUGAAAAGUUUUUUGGACUUCUUGGUGCUAGGUUCUGUAUCUUGAAGAAAGAAUUCAUGGAACAUUUUGAAAUAUUAUUUGGAGAACAAUACGAAAUCAUUCAUAGAUUGGAAACAAGCAAGCUAAGGAAUGUUGCAAAGUUUUUUGCUCACCUUCUGCACUCUGAUGCAUUGCCUUGGACAGUUUUGCAAAAUAUUGUGCUAUCUGAAGAUACGACAACCUCAUCAUCUAGAAUUUUCAUCAAAAUUUUGUUCCAAGAAUUAGUUGAAUAUCUUGGACUGUCAAAAUUAAAUCAAAGGCUCAAGGAUGUAACCUUAGCACCAUUUUUUGAGGGACUUUUUCCUAAAGAUUCUCCAAAGAAUACAAGAUUUGCAAUUAACUUCUUUACAUCCAUAGGUCUUGGUGGAAUAACGGAUGAAUUGCGAGAACAUCUGAAGAUGACGGCAUUGAAAAUGUCAGAGAAAAUGCAAGCAGAACAAAUUGCUUCUUUAAACAUUGACUCAUCUGAUGAAAGCUCUUCAGACAGCUCAGAAGAAGACAAGAAAAAGAGGAAAAAAUCUAAAAAAAAGAAAAAGAAAUCAAAAACUAGCAAGAAAAAGAAGAAAAAACAGAAGGAAGAAACUUUCGAAUAUUCCGAUUCUGAAGAAAGUGAUCAUGUGUCUGAUAAAGCUGUCAAAUCAAUGGUGUCUAAACCUCAACCCUCAACACGGAAUAAAGAUGAUCACAGAGAAGAUAGAAGCGAGGAAUCUAAAAAAGAGAAAAGUAAAAAGAAAGAUCAAUCGUCAUCCGAAGAAGAAACUGAGAAGAAGCGAUCUUUGAGGGAAAGGUUACUGAAAAUAAGUAACACUGUUCCGGAGAAAUAUGCAGAGAAGAGUUCUCAAAAAACAAAAGACAAAACACAAUCUCGCGAAAGUAGUUCAGAUAAUACAAGUAGUGAAUCUGAAUCAUCAUCUGACGAUGAUAGUCCUACUGAAAAUGAGGAUAAAAUGCAUACAAGAAAAAAAUCUAAAAAAGCUGAGAGUUCAGAAGAGUCUGGAGAAAGUACCGAUAAUGGAAGAGAUCGAAUGCAUCAGAACAGAAUGAAAAACACUGAAAGAGAUGUCAGAGAACGAAGACACAAGAAUGAGAGAUCUAACCGAAAAGAUUCAGACAGUUCAGAGGAAAAUGUGAAAUCCACAAAAAGCAAAAAAAGUUCGGCCAAUGGUAAAAAUGAGAGAAAAAAUAAAACAAAAAGCCAAAAGAAGUAUGAUUCUAACAGUUCUGAUGAUGAAAAGACAGUUUAUAAACAUAUUUCAAAGGUGAAACAUUCAGAUGAUUCUGGCAGUUCUAGUGAAGGUGAUCAAAAUCACAAAUCUUCCAAUGGCAAAAAGAAACGGGAUGAUUCUACCAGUUCAGGCGAAAAGAAAACUUAUCACGAGAAGCGGGAAAAAAGAGAAAAAAAUGAAAAGCGGUAUUAUGGAAAAAACAUCAAAUCUGGGACACGUCGAAGUCAUUCCAAAAGUAGUGAAGAGAGCGAAAAAGAACAUUUAUAUGAAAGUCAUAAAAAUUCCAAGAGUCACAAAAAUCUUGACCGGUUUAAUGAAAAGAAGCCUUCAACAGUGCAAAGAAGAAGUUCGAUAAGCUCCAGUGAUGAAAAAGAUCGUCGCUCACGAAAAGAAUAUGAUAGAAGGGAUGACAGAAGACAAAGAGAAUAUGUGGACGAUAGAAGAACCGAGAAGAGAAGAAGGUGAGGUACAUCUAUGUGUGGGCAUUUGUUUGGAGUAGCUCUGUGGUAAGAAAGCUGUUAUCACGUUUUCUGCAAAUAAUGAGUGGGCACGCUUGUGUGAGUGACGCAGGAGUAUUUUUCCGAAAGAAGUUGUAAGGAGAUGUUGGGAACUGUCUAUUAGUUACAAUGCUUAUUGAAUGAAAAAAAAUUCUGGCCAACACAGAGUGAUAGUGGUAUUCAGAAGACUAUUCUUAUUCUGUAUUGAAAGAUUUGUCAAAUCAAUGAUUUAAAUGAGUACUUUUUCGAUGAACUUUUGUAAUAAAUUUUAAAGAGAUAUUGUAAAA